GUUUCGCUUUCCUCCCGUCGUCUCCGUGCUGUAUAGUCUUUCUUUCGGUUGAUGGCCGCCGAAGCAAACAUAGCAUAGCUCCGCCGCAAUUCUGUUAGCGCUGCGCUCGUUCCGGUGAAUAUUAGGGCAUGGCAACACAGCUGUUAGUGUUGCCUUGUCAUACACAGAACAUAUAUAGAUCAAGAACUUUUUUACUGUCUGUGUUACAGAAGGCUGUUAGAGGCCCUAAUCCUCAUAUUUUCUUCAUGUGUCUAGCUGCCACUUCAGUUAACAACUCAAGAUGCAGGAAGCUUAAAGUCAAGAGCAUGGUGGAUGAAACCAGAUCAGGCCCUCAAAAAAACAACAACAGGCUGAUCAGAACCAUCCAAUCUUUACUAAGAAAGUUAAGCAGUAGAAUCAAGGAGCUCCGAAGCGGUCUUUCAGUGAAGGUUCUGUUCUUCUUGGUGGGGUUUUACUGUGCCACUGCCUUCGCUACUGUUAUCGGACAAACAGGAGAUUGGGAUAUUCUAUCUGCUGGUUUGGCUGUAGUUGUGGUCGAGGCCAUUGGCGCCGUAAUGUACAGAGCUUCUUCACGAAUCUUCGACAAGUUAAGGGGUAUCAUUACCAUGUUUAAUUAUUGGAAGGCUGGGCUCACCCUCGGCUUGUUUUUGGAUUCAUUCAAAUAUGAGAUAGACGUACUGAUAGAGAACUGUAAUCCCUUCUACUUUGAUAUGAAUAUAUUUGGCAUACUUUUGUAAAAAAAAAAAAAUCUAUCU